AUGGGAGACGCUCAUUACCAAGACCACCACCAGCAACGGCCCCGGACAACAUCGUCGAGAUUGGGGCUAAGAAACUCCGGCGGCGAGAUCGUGGAAGUUCAAGGCGGUCACAUUGUUCGGUCCACCGGCCGAAAAGACAGGCACAGCAAAGUCUGCACCGCAAAAGGCCCGAGGGACCGUCGAGUCAGGCUCUCAGCCCACACCGCCAUUCAAUUCUACGACGUCCAGGACCGCCUUGGCUACGACCGCCCGAGCAAAGCCGUGGAUUGGCUCAUCAAAAAGGCCAAAGCGGCUAUAGACGAGCUUGCGGAGCUACCCGCAUGGAAACCCACCAUUGGUUCAACAGGAAAUUCAAUAUUUGAAGACAACCAAGCCCAAAGACAGCAUGAAGAUCAUCAUCAGCAACUUCGUCUCCACCACGACGAUUUGGUGGACUCCAUUGCUGGUCCUUCGAGCAAUAGAGCAGUAACUAUGUUAGGGACUGGUAAUCAGAAUCAACAGCUAGAAAUGAAUAACAAUAGAAGCAAUCCAGGCCAUGAGAAUAGCUCUAGUUUCUUGCCACCAUCUUUGGAUUCUGAUUCUAUUGCUGAUACUAUCAAGUCUUUCUUCCCAAUGGUUGCUUCAACGGCGACUAAUUCAUCCGCAAUUCCGUUUCAUGGCUUCCCAUCAUCGGAUUGCAAUUUGCUGUCCAGAACCAGUAGUCAGAGCCAAGAUCUGAGGCUCUCACUUCAAUCUUUUCAAGAUCCAAUCCUUCUCCACCACCAUAACCAACAAACCCAGCACCAACAUUCCACAAAUCAGAAUGAACAAACCCUUUACUCUGGAACAACCCCAUUUGGGUUUGAUUCGGGCUGGUCUGAAAAUCAGCAUACGGAGAUUGGUAGGUUUCAGAGAAUGGUGGGUUGGAAUGCCGGUGGAGACACCGGUACUGGUGGUGGAGGUGGAGGAUUUGUAUUCAAUUCGCCGCCGACGCCGCCGUUUCUGCAGCCGUUGUUCGGCCAACCACAGAUGUUUUCUCAGAGGGGACCCCUUCAGUCCAGUUACACACCUUCGAUUCGUGCUUGGAUGGACCCAUCCGCCAUUGCUAUGAGCACCACUGAUCAUCAUCGUCACCAACAGCUUCAUCAAACAGUACUACCCAUCCAUCCAUCUUCGAUAUCUGGAAUUGGAUUUGCCUCUGGAGUUGGCGGAUUCUCCGGGUUCCGUAUUCCAGCACGAAUCCAGGGUGAAGAAGAGGAACACGACGGCAUUUCCGACAAGCCGUCCUCUACUUCCUCCGAUUCACGCCAUUGA